GAGGAGAAGAGACUGUCUUUAGUUUUUACAGGAGUUGUGAGCAAUUAUCCCGCACUGCCGGCCACAACACGCCAACCGUCGCUACAAGCGGUGUAGAGGUGUGUGCGGGAGUAGCGCGAAAAGGUGUUUAUUUACUCGGCCGGGGCCCCGCGCACAGCGCGCGCUAAUCAAUUAUUCAUUGUGACGUACUUCCUGUGGAGGCCGCCAAGCGCGCCAGCCAAGCAGCGGAGCGGUGAGUGGCACAAGGCGAGUAGAGGCGAGAGGGAGUACACCUACACACGGAGAGCGGUAUGAAGUUGCCGAAACACUGGGACUAUUAAAACAAAACUUUUUCCAGGGGCUGACCACAAGUCGUGUCGGGUGAAGAGGACAGCCGCCAUGGUGUACCCGGGGCUUGUGGGUUUGUGUGUCGUGCUGGUGUGUGUGUCCGGACUAAGUCGCUCACAGGAACACUUGGAGAGUUUGGAGAAUGAGAAAGUGUGUCACGGGACGUCCAACGGACUGGUGGCGCGAGGCGACUGGGAUUUCCGCUACAGACAAUACCAGGACCUAUACACAGGCUGCACUUACGUCAUCGGCAACCUCGAAUCGUCUUUCUCGACAAGAGACAUGAACUUUGACCUCAGCUUCUUGUCCUCCAUUCGUCUGGUGACAGGAUAUGUGCUCAUUGUCGGCGUUCACGCGGAUUAUGUGCCCCUGACUAGUCUUCAGAUCAUUCGUGGAAAGACUUUAUUCCACUAUCCCCAGAGCGACGACGAUUACAGUUUGUUCGUGGCCCUCAACUACGAUCGGAAUAACAAGAGCAUCGGUCUGAAGGAGCUUCGAUUCACCUCGUUAGCAGAAAUUCUUGCCGGGAAGGUAUUCUUCAUGAACAACAAUCAGCUGUGCUACGAGAACACCAUCAACUGGCAGGACCUCAACCCCUACGUCACGCCACCUGUAGAGUUUCGGUUCAACUCCACCGACUACCGACGGCCGUGCGACACCCUGGGGUUGGAGUGUCAUGCAUCCUGCUACUCCAAUAUCACAGAAAAGCGCCACUGCUGGGGCGCUGGCGAGGGGAUGUGCCAAAAGCUGAGCCAGGGGGAUGCGUGUCACCCUUCCUGCGAGCGUCGCUGCUUCGGCAAACUCCCCAACCAGUGCUGCUAUCAGGAGUGUGCGGGUGGAUGUAACGGACCAAAGAAGACGGACUGUUUUGCUUGUCGCAGUUUUAUCGACGAUGGGAAGUGUGUGCCGUACUGCCCGCCAACCAUUAUCUAUGACUUUCGACAGAUGAUCAACAUAAUAAAUCCCGAUGCCAAGUUUGCAUAUGGCGGCAUCUGCGUUAAAGAAUGUCCAGGUUUUCUGCUGCAAGACUCUGGAUCGUGUGUGAGAGCAUGUCCAGCGGGGAAGCACGCUAAAGACGGGAAGACCUGCGAGCCCUGCGAGGGUCCUUGCCCACGAAAAUGCAAUGGCACAGGCAUGGAAUAUUUGUCUGCGGCGAAUCUGGAUAAAUUUAGAAACUGUACCUCAAUAGAUGGCAGUUUAAAAAUUGUAAUGGCCUCAUUGAGUGGAGAUCCACACUACAACAUCCCCCCUCUGCACCCAUCGAAUCUGUCCGUGUUGAACAGUGUGAGGGAGAUCACCGGCUUCCUCCUCAUCCAGUCAGACGACAAGGACUUCGUCGACUUGUCUUUUCUUUCCAACCUGGAAGUCAUUCAUGGUCGUCAGCUAGAUAACGGACAUUCACUCAACAUCCUGGCCACGCCCAUUCGUUCACUAGAACUCACAUCAUUGAAGUCCGUCCGCAACGGAAACGUCGUCUUCGUCGGCAACUCCAACCUCUGUUACAUUUACACCAUCAACUGGACGAGGAUCUUGUACACGAAGGAGCAAAAGAUCCUACUUCACACCAACCGAGCUCCUGCAAAUUGCUCACACGACGGCGAGGUGUGCCACCCGCAGUGCAGCGCUGAUGGAUGCUGGGGCAAGGGGCCCAACAAGUGUCUCACCUGCAGGCAGUACGUGGACGACGAGGAGCGGGUGUGUCUCAGCUCCUGCUCCGAGAGACCCUUGCUGUACUACGCGGGCAACGGCAAGUGCAAGCGAUGCCACUCAGAGUGCGCCAACUCCUGCACUGGGCCGGAAAACCACGAGUGCGAUGACUGCGCCCACGUCGCCAUACUCAGCCUCGAGGACGGCAAGAAGCGAUGUCUAGACGCGUGCCCUGGUGCUAUGUACCCGGAUGAGAACCACGUGUGCCAGCCUUGCCACUCCACGUGCACAGGGUGCACCGGGCCGUCUGACAUCGUCAAGGAGGGCGGUUGCAACACGUGUGAGGUUGGCAUCAGGAAGGAUCCCUUCGAGACUGCCAUCACCUGUUUGCCUCAGGACACUGACUCCUGCGAGCCUGGCUAUCACCUGUCCACCGUCUCCUCCACCAAUCCUGGUCCCAUGGCCGGGCGAAGGGUCUGCGAGCCGUGCCAUCACUUCUGCCUGACGUGUGACGGCCCCAGCGUGCGGUACUGCACCUCCUGUCGCUACUUCGCGGAUCUGGACGGACUGUGCAUCGACUUCUGCCCACAGUAUGCGUACGGAGACAACAUCACCAAGAAGUGCAUCCAGUGUCAUGCCGAGUGUCGUGGCGUUUGUUUCGGUUCCUCCAGCCUGGAGUGCAACUCCUGCACCAACUUCAAGAUUUACCUGGACGAAGAGAAGCAGCAGUUUAACUGCACGCCCGGGUGUCCGGCCAGUCUGCCGUAUCAAGUGCGGGACAGCAACACCGAUGAGAACCGCAACGUGUGUGCCGACGAAUCCCACCCCGAAGUGCAGCUGAUGCUGCAGAAGGACAGAGAAGAAGAGAAGAAGAAGAUCAUCAUUGUGACCGUUUCCACCAUUUGCGGCAUUCUGUUCCUGGGGACUCUGACUCUGUUCGGGUACUACUGCCAGAAGCGAGCCAAAGCCAAGGAGAAGACCGCAGAACUCACAGCCAGGAUGACCGGCUACGAUGACAUCGAGCCCAUCACCCCAACAAACGCACAACCUGACCUGGCAAAACUGCGGCUAAUCAAAGAAUCCGAACUCCGAAAGGGAGGAAUCAUCGGCUCAGGAGCCUUUGGCACCGUGUACAAGGGUUUCUGGAUCCCUGAAGGCGAGAAUGUGAAGAUCCCAGUGGCCAUCAAGGUUCUGCAGGACGGGACGUCCCCCAAUCAGAACAAAGAGUUGCUGGAGGAGGCCCGUGUAAUGGCCUCGGUGGAGCACGUGUGCUGCAUCCGCAUCCUGGCUGUGUGCAUGUCCGCCCAGAUGAUGCUCAUCACGCAGCUCAUGCCCCUCGGCUGCCUCCUAGACUACGUCCGCAAGAACAAGGACCACGUGGGCUCCAAGGUCCUCCUCAACUGGCUGACACAGAUCGCAAAGGGCAUGGCCUACCUGGAAGAGAGGGGCAUCGUGCAUCGUGAUCUCGCAGCUAGAAAUGUUCUGGUGCAAACACCUACACAGGUGAAGAUAACGGACUUCGGGCUGGCCAAGCUUCUGGACUACAAUGAGGAGGAAUACAGGGCGGCAGGAGGCAAGAUGCCCAUCAAAUGGCUGGCUUUGGAAUGCAUUCAACACCGAAUAUUCACACACAAAAGUGACGUUUGGAGCUUCGGCGUGACGGCCUGGGAGUUGUUUACUUACGGCCAAAAGCCUUACGACAACAUCCGGGCUCGUGACGUGCCGGGCCUCCUAGAGAAGGGCGAGCGCCUGCCACAGCCUUCCAUCUGCACCAUCGACGUCUACAUGAUCAUGAUUAAAUGUUGGAUGCUGGACGCCGAAAGUAGACCGUCCUUCAAAGAACUGGCGGAGGAAUUUGCCAAAAUGGCACGUGACCCCGGCAGAUACCUGGUGGUGCAGGGCGAUGUUUUGAAGAAAAUCCCAGAAGAAAGUUUUCGAGGCUCACAUCUUGACCUUACCCCCAUUGAUGGCGUGGAACCCCCUCUUGGUGCAGUGGGAGAGGGAGACAAGCUGAUGCGGCUGCCCAGCCACACGUUCGACAAGAGUGACCUGAUGAGGAGCGUCAGCAUGACGGCCGACGGUCCGGAGGAGAUCAUAGAGGCGGAGGAUUACUUGCAGCCGCAAGAACCGCAGCACUCCCCCACCAGAUCAUCUUCGAGAACAACAACUCGCCUUCAGCUCCAUUGCUGCCACAGGGGGCAGUGAACUACCCUCUCAAGGCUGAGAAAGGAGAAGUGAGUGGCCUGCCGUGGCGAGAAAAGAACUACGCGCAUCUGAACGCCGCGGUGGAGGCCCGCAAGCAGAGACAACAGUCGCCAAAACGAGGCCGCGAGGACAGCUUCAACUCGCGCUACAGCUCCGACCCCAUCAAGUUCUUCAGGGAAAGAGAAGAGAUUGAAGGCCCGUCCUCCUAUCCCUUGGUUACCAACCAGAACGGCUCCCCCACCCGCAAGUCGUCGCCGACGAAAGUGCUGCAACUGGCGGUGGACGAGGACAACUACCUGGCUCCUCAUUCGACCAACCCGGUCAUGUACACUGACCUCAGUGACAAGGGCUACUACCAGAACGAGAAGGUGUUUGAGGAGUAUCGUGAUGCAGAGGACGAAUACGAAACCGACCACAUGCUCAAGAGCUCCCCACUCCACACGAUUCCUGCGGUGGCCAACCCCGAGUACUUCGACCACGAUGACG